AUGACGGCUGUAGAGGAAACAACAACAUCUCCCACCGACGAAACCAAAUAUCCAACCGGCCUCCACUUGACGCUCAUUAUCCUCUCGCUCUGCGUUUCCGUCUUCCUUGUUGCCCUCGAUCAAACGAUCAUCGCCCCUGCCUUAGGCGCCAUCACUACCCAAUUCGCCUCCAUCAAGGACAUUGGGUGGUACGGUGCCUCCUACCUCUUGACCACCACAGCCCUCCAGCCCAUGUACGGCAACAUAUACACGCUCUUUGAUAUCCGGUGGACGUUUUUGGGAGCCGUUGCCCUUUUCGAACUAGGCAGUUUGAUCUCAGGUGUUGCGCCCAGCUCUACCGCUUUCAUCGUUGGUCGGGCUGUUGCUGGUCUGGGGACUGCGGGUAUUUUCUCAGGGGCAAUGGUGAUUCUGACCUAUACAAUGCCACUGAGAAGAAGGCCAGUCAUGUUUGGUGUUUUUGGGGGGCUUUGGGGCGUGUCUAGUGUUGUCGGACCGUUGCUUGGAGGGGCAUUUACAGAUAAAGUUACGUGGAGGUGGUGUUUCUAUAUCAAUCUACCGCUUGGAGGGGCGGCGAUGGCGGUCAUCUUCUUCUUUCUCAGGAUACCGAGGAAUGCAAAUGACGAUAAACGCGGCGCUGAGAUUGGCAAUUCCAAGGCGUCGUUUGUUUCAAAGCUUUUGCAGCUGGACUUGAUAGGGGCGGCCACGUUCAUUCCAGCCAUUAUCAUGUUGCUGCUUGCUCUACAGUGGGGAGGCGCCGAUUAUCCAUGGAACAGCUCUGUGGUGAUUGGCCUCUUUGUCGGGGCGGCAGUCAUGACUCUGAUCUUUGUUGGGAUUGAGAUCUGGCAGCAAGAUCGAGGCCUUUUACCACCGCAUUUCUUCAAGGACCGCAAUGUCUUGGCGGCCAUGAUGUUUGCCAUGUUUGUUGGCGCGUACUUUUUUCCUCUCGUCUUUUAUCUUGCACUUUACUUCCAAGCAGUCAAAGGGGACUCGGCCAUCGAGGCUGGUAUCAAGCUACUUCCCUACCUGAUUUCCUUCGUUCUUGCCUCUAUGGCCAGCGGAGCCCUAAUCACCAUCUUCGGCUGCAUCAACCCUGUGGUCCUCUUUGAGACGGCUCUGAUGACAGCCGGUGCCGGGCUCAUCACCACAUUUUGGCUCGACACACCCUUUUCCAAGUGGUUCGGAUACCAAGUUGUGGCCGGGCUAGGAACAGGCGUCUGUUUCCAGGCCGGCAUCCUCGUUGUGCAAAACGUUCUUCCACAGCAUCUGAUCCCCCAAGCCACGGCAUGCGUCCAGUUCUUCCAAUCGUUCGGGGGCGCGGUGUUCAUUGCGGUGGCGCAGAGUGUUUUCCAGAACGGUAUCAUCAACAACCUUGUUCGGGAUGCACCGGAUAUCAGCCCAGAGCUGAUCAUCAAUAGCGGUGCUUCGGACAUCCGCCAGGUCCUGACGAACAUGGGUCGUGAGGAUGCUACUAAUGCAGUCCUAGGCGCGUAUACUCUGGGGUUGAGGAACACCUUCUACAUUAGCGCUGCUGCGGCUGGAUGUACUUUUCUUGCUGCCUGUUGCUUCGAGUGGAGGAAGAUCCAGAAGGGAGGAGGAGAAAAGCAACAGGCCCAAAUCUGGCACUGA